AUGCAACUGGAUCAGCGACUAAAUCGUGUGGAGUAUGGCAAGUCUGUGAAUGUAACGGUGGACCCGCGUGGCAAGCCAGACAUGAUCAUGCUGAUAUUUUUUUCGGUCAUAUACUGUUUUGACUUUUUUGUAUUGGCAUACAUGCUGUGGAACAAAAAGUACCCACCGAUCAAGUCCAAAAAUCCGAUUCUCAUGACAAUUCUCAUGUUAAUCUCCAUGACAUGGUUUGUCGGCGACCUUCAGUCUAAUGGGCAUGUGCCAUUGGCAAAUACGCCAUUGACUAACUGCAAGGCGUUUGGGUUCGUGUGCGCACUGACUGCAUUGAGGGCGUAUGGAUUAUACCGCGUGUUUUAUUUAAACCUUCCGUACCACAGUCUGGGACUGUAUCUGCCGGUCUUAAACAACUUUCUACAUCCCGUCUUACGAUUCUGCAGUUUGGACAAUGGGUUCAAGACAUCGCUGUUUGUGCUUUUGGGUAUAACUUGCAUUGACCACUUUGGAACGCAUUUGUUGUGGUGGCUCAUCAUGGCAGUACCCAUGUACAACUGCAUGUUCAAUCGACAGCGCUAUCUCACUCACUGGAUCAACAAGCUGCGCAAGGACGGUCUGCAAAAAAAUUCAGACGCUAUUGCAAACAAUGGCCAUGAGUCGCUGCUGCAGGCAACCACGGACAGAAACAAGGAUGACGGCUUAUUCUACGCACGGACGAUUACAU